CCAUUGUCGCGUUGCUACUCGUAUACAUUUAUACUGCUGCCUCUGAGGGACCUACCAAAGCCUAGACUGGCAACCCAGCCAUGGCGAGAACGCCUACUCACGCCGAAUUCACACGCUUCCUCUCGUCCCAUCUACCACCAAAACCCAAGGACGUCUCUCUUCUCUACCAUGUACCGCGUAAUCCCUCCUAUAAUUUUGACAGUGCCCCAGUCGAGCAAGUUAUUCUCAGCGUUACGGCCACUGCGCAGGUGUAUGACGCAAUAGGCGAUCCUCGGGCCGUUAGACGCCCCGGCGUGAUCGGAAAACGCCCGGGACCAGAAGAACAGCGUCAAAACAACACCAUCUGUUUCCUGCAUCGCCCUUUCAAUCUCAGACGACGAUGGAUCAGAGAUGACGUCCUCGUACUCUCCAGUCAUCUUUCGUUCGAUGAGUAUCUUACCGUAGGGUGGAACACAGUGUUGGCCAGCCGACUGGGUAUCAAUGUCGCCGAGAGCGUCUGUGUCCAGGGCUACAAAGGUGACGCCGAUCGCACCAUCGGAAUAGUCGGUAGUGUAUCGGCCAUUCUGGGGCUUCUGUUGCGCAGCAUUGAGCGAGAGUUCGGCGCUAUAGAGCACGCGCAGGAGGGUCUGUCCGAGGAGAUACACGUCAUAGCAAUCAUGAAUGCUUUCCAUGCAGACGAAGUCCAGCGUGUCAAUGAAAUAGCCCAGGAGCAGCAGUGGGUACCCACAGCUCAGCAGUCCGGCAAACAUGUGCUCUACCUAACAGGCCAGCCUCGUGAUUCCGGUCUUGACGAGGCUAAAAAGUUAGGUAUGACAGUCGUAUGCGUAGGACACCGCGUUGCAGAACAAUGGGGAAUAGAAUACCUAGGGAAGCGAAUACGGGAGAAAUUUCCCUUCGUCACUGUGAAAGAGAUUUACGAAGAUGUUGACCCACUUCCUAAUUGAACAAAAGAGAUGGCAGAAGCUUCAC